GCCAACGGAGUCGUCGCGCGUGCGUUGCGUGGAUGUCAACACACAGUACAGAAAUAACCAAAUGCAGCAAAACUAGCGACAUUGACAUUCAACUGAGCAAUUUAUAGCGCGACGCUAAUUGUGCAGCCCCCAUAUAUAGAGUACGUAAAUAAAUUUGAUAAAAAAAAGGCCAGCUGGGUCAAGUGUUCUCAAUUGAAAGAGAGUGCAAAGAGAGUGUGUGCCUAAGCAUGUGGCGCUGGCUGCUUUGGCCAAUUUUGCUCUGGCCAGCUGUUUUGCUGCGUGCGCAAAACAUUUGCGGCUCCAUGGAGCUGAGAACUGUGGCAGACUUUCGACAAAUACGCAAUUGCAGUUUGAUUGUGGGGCAUGUGCAUAUUGCGCAACUGCAGCUGGACGGCAAUGUGAGUCUCAGUGAGCUGCAGAGCGAGGCUACCGAAAUAACGGACUAUCUGAUGAUUUAUCGCAGCCUGGGGCUGCUCACACUCGAGAGCAUCUUCCCCAAGCUGCAACUAAUACGCGGACAGCAGCUGCUGUUCAAUCAAUACGCCUUGGUUGUCUACGAGAAUCUGCAUCUGCGUGAGCUGGGACUAAUCUCGCUGCUGCGCGUGCAAAACGGGGACAUACGCAUCAAUAGCAAUCCCAUGCUGUGCUUUGUGCACAGCAUUGAUUGGAUGUAUCUGCUGGCCAAUACAACGCAGCAGCGGCUUUCAUUCAAGUUGAACAAAUCGGUGAAUCAUUGUCCUGUCUGCGAUGGCCUUGCCGCUGGCCUUUCGCGCAAUGAGAAGCGCAGAAAGUACUGCUGGAACAUGCAGUCACAUCAGCUGCGUCCAACUGCACCACGCACCAAGGAGUGUCCGGCGGCGUGUGGACGCGACGGCUGCGAUGCUGCGGGCAACUGCUGCCAGCGCAGCUGCCUGACGGGCUGCUCAGCUCAUAAUUGCACGCUUUGUGCUACUUUUGAGCGCAAUGGCAACUGCGUGGAUCAGUGCAUUGCCAGCUAUCAGCUUAACAAGCGGCAGUGCAUCUCGUACAAAGAAUGUCGACAGCGCGGGCUUAUUCCGCUAACCAGCGGCUAUCGCUGCGUCGAUCGUCAGCAUUGUCCAGCCAAUCAUCAAGCGGUGGAGGAGCAGCCAGGCCUGCUGAGCUGCCAACUCAACUGCCAGGGUGUAUUUCAUAUGAAGCGCAUGGCAGAUCUUGAGCAGCUGCAGGAUUGCACCAUUAUCAAUGGCUCGCUUAUACUGGAGCUGGUCAACAUUAAGGAAAAAAUUGUUUCAACUUUGGAGCAAGUGCUGGGCAGCAUUAAAGAAAUUACCGGUUACCUAAAGGUUUUCAACUCUGCUCAUCUCAUGUCGUUAACUUUCUUUAAAAACCUGGACACUAUUCGUGGCGAGCAGCUCAUUGAGAAUAAAUACUCUUUGUUUGUUGUCAACAAUCAUAAUUUGGAACACAUUUGGGCGCCCAAUCGUCAGGUGGCCAUACAGCGUGGCACUGUGUUCUUUCAUCUGAAUCCACGUCUGUGCUAUGAGAAAAUUACUAAGCUGCAAUCCUCGCUUAAGUCGGUGUCUAAGAUUUCCGUAGCGGAUGUUUCGCGCAAUUCGAAUGGCGAGCGUGUUAUUUGCAACAGCUCGCUGCGCAGCUUGCAAUCCAAGAUUGCGGAUCUGAAUUCGACGGCAGUGCUUAUUGUCUUGGACUAUAUAAAGUCGGAGGAUAUGGAAACGCUCAUAGGCUACUCCUUUCAUUAUAUGGAAGCGCCGCAGCGCAAUGUUACCAUGUACGAUGGACGUCAUGGCUGUGGACACGAUGACUGGUUAAUGGAUGUGUCGCCUAGUCAAAGUCGACGCCAUAUCAUUUACAAUCUCAAGCCUUAUACACAGUAUGCGUAUUUUGUUAAGACGCUAACACGCACGGACUAUCACAUGAGAAUUGAUGCCUACUCGGAGAUUUCCUAUUUUCGCACGCUGCCCAGCAAGCCGAGUCCAGUGAGCCGCAUCUACGGCAGCUCAGAGCACAGCACGGAAAUUACUGUGCACUGGUGGCCACCGCGACGUCCAAAUGGUGUUAUUGCUAGCUAUAUUAUUAACUAUGAAGCGGAUAAAACAAUUAAGGAGACGCCUAGCUUGAAGACCUAUUUCACUUUUAAGGCAACAAUGCAUGAUGUCGACUGUGUGUGCAAUGAUCUGGAGCCAUAUAAUUCAGGACCGCUGCCGGAGGAUGAGAAAUUCUAUAACAAAGAGCAACUUACCUACGAAGAUUCGCUGCCUAAUCUUAUAUACGUUUCACGCAAGCAAAAGAAGGAAAAGAAGAAAAAGUAUACCAGAGUCAUAGAUUUUAAUGAUAUGCUUGCUGGUGAGCUUGCAAAAAAAAACCAAAACAUUAACACUACGACAACAACAACAACAACGACGACUGAAGGACCUGAAGAUCCGGAGGCAGCCCGAACCUACGAGUUGUAUAGACAGAGCUUAGAUGACAAGAUGCGCUCCGAUCAGGAUGAGGGCAAGGAUAAUUAUACCAUCGCACAUGCAGCGCCCAAGUGCAAGGAUCCGCAUGCUGCUGUUAGCUAUCAGCUGGAGCAGAAGUGUACAGUCGAGCAGGAGAUUACAGGCAUACGCGUGGCAGGCACUCAGCAGUUCUACAAUUUGACUAAUCUGCAGCCCAAUCAGACAUAUCGCAUAACCGUGCGUGCCUGUGUGGAGGGUGUGCUCAAUGGCUGCUCCAAUCCCACCGAGAUACUGCUGAGUACCAUCAAUAAUAAGAUGGAGCAGAUAAUGAAUAGCAAUUAGUACCAAAAUCGAAACCUGUACGCCAUACCCAAUAAUAUACUCAGCGUCUUAGCUUUGAGUAAUCAAGUGAUAUAUAUAUGUUUAUUUGUAUAUUAUAAUGUCUGAAAUGUAUUCGUGU